UUCACUGUCACUUAUUUCAUCAUACGUGUUCGCGCUAGCAAAAUUUCUCCUUUUGUUUUAGUUUUAAUUAACAAUCCAGAUUUUUACAUAAAUCUUAUUUUCAGCUAAAACAUUAGUGUACCACGAUGGAACAUCUCGUUUCUCUCGGUCUAAAUGAGCAAAAAAUCAAGGAAACGCUUAAAAACGCAACCCUUACUAGCACAAUUACACGUGCCUUCUCUUACGUCCCGCCGGGUGUGGAGUUAAGUUCAGCACAAAAACCGCUGAUAUUUCAGGCAUGCUCAAAGAUAAAACCGCAGACGGCUCACCAUUUGGAACUUAUAGUAAGAAAAAUUUUGGAUAACAGUUUGGACACUAGUCUACGUGUUGACACCGCACUGGAAUAUGUUCUGGCUAACGUGACGAAAGCCACUAUCGACGAAGCUACUUUCGAUGCGGCUUGCGGUGUGGGAGUAGUUGUGACACCGGAAGAAAUCGAGCGGGCGGUUGAAAUAACCGUUGCCAAAUAUCGUAGCGAUAUCGUCGACCAACGUUAUCGUUUUAAUGUCGGAAAAUUGUUGAGCGAAAUUCGAAGUGCUUUGCCAUGGGUGGAUGGUAAAGCCCUUAAAAGUGAGGUGGAUGUGCAAAUGUUUGAUUUACUUGGCCCCAAAACGGAUGCCGAUGGGGAGAAAGUGGGUAAAAAACGUCGGGAAACCCCAGCCUCAGAUACUGCACCCAAAGCAACCUCUGUCGUUGAACCAUCAGCCGUCAAUGCUAAUAAUCGACCAGAAGGCCCUCGAACGAUGGUUGAUCUGAUGCGUAAUGUCGAUUUCCAUCGUCCAGGCGAAAAUUUCAAAACUGAUGGGUAUAUUAUUACUCCCGAUACGGAACGUCUCUUGAAGGAACAUUUACAGCGAACUGGUGGCAAAGUGCGUACCCGCUUCCCUCCUGAGCCGAAUGGAAUUCUGCACAUUGGCCACGCUAAAGCUAUCAACAUCAACUUUGCUUACGCGGCAGCGAACGAUGGCAUCUGCUUCCUUCGUUACGAUGACACCAAUCCCGAGAAGGAAGAGGAAAAAUUUGUUAAAGGCAUACGCGACAUUGUCGAAUGGCUCGGUUAUAAGCCAUUCAAAAUUACUUACUCUUCGGACUACUUCCAACAGUUGUACGAAUUUGCUGUGCAGCUCAUAAGAAAAGAUAUGGCUUACGUGUGUCAUCAAACUGCUGAUCAAAUGAAGGGAUUUACAACCGAACCAUCCAAGUGGCGUAAUCGUCCAAUCGAGGAAAGCCUGCAGCUGUUCGAAGACAUGAAAAAUGGGAAAAUUGAUGAAGGUGCGGCAACAUUACGCAUGAAAAUCACGCUGGAGGAGGGAAAAAUGGACCCGGUAGCCUACCGGAUCAAGUUUAUUCCACACCAUCGGACCGGAACAAAGUGGUGCAUCUAUCCGACGUACGACUACACACAUUGUUUGUGCGAUAGUCUGGAGGAUAUCACCCAUUCGCUUUGCACCAAGGAGUUCCAAUCGAGAAGAUCGUCGUAUUAUUGGCUCUGUAAUGCACUCAAUAUAUACUGCCCAGUGCAAUGGGAAUAUGCGCGACUUAAUGUUAACUACACCGUAGUUUCUAAGCGCAAAAUUAACAAGCUGAUCACUGAAAAUAUUGUUAACGACUGGGAUGAUCCUAGAUUAUUCACCCUGUCUGCUUUGCGACGCAAGGGUUAUCCAGCCGAAGCAAUCAACAAUUUUUGUGCCCAGAUGGGUCUCACCGGUGCCCAAACGUCCAUUGACCCUGCUGCACUGGAAGCGUCUGCCAGAGAUGUAUUGAAUCUUGCAGCAUCACGUACAAUGGCAGUACUAGAACCUCUAAAGAUUACUAUACUUGAUUAUCCACAUAACGGGCCAAUUCAACUAUCAGUGCCCAAUUUUCCAAACGUGCCGGAGAAAGGCGAGCACAUGAUUUGGUUCGAUCGUGUUGUAUAUAUAGAGCGAUCCGAUUUCAUGGAAAAUGCUGACAAAUCUUUCCGUCGACUAACGCCAGGACAGCCGGUUGGACUGAAAUACAUUGGUUCCAUGCUUAGAGUAGAAAGUGUUGUUCGAAAAUCGGGCACCGUCGAGGAACUAGUAUGUCGCAUAGAACCGUGUACUGCAACCGAAAAACCUAAAGCGUAUGUACACUGGGUAGCUAAACCCUGUCCAGUAGAGGUACGUUUGUAUGAGAAGCUGUUUAUGCACAAGAACCCAGAAGACAGUAACGAUGUUCCCAAUGGGUUUUUGAGCGACUGUGCUUCGGACACGAUUCGUUCACUGUGCGGUUAUGUCGAUGCACAUGUCAUGAACAGUAAAGUGUACGAUAAAUAUCAAUUCGAACGCAUUGGUUACUUCUCCGUGGAUCCGGAUAGCAGAAACGGCCAGCUUGUUUUCAAUCGUACCGUCACGCUUAAAGAAGAUACUGGUAAAAAUAUUUAGAUUGACAAAUCAAGCCCGUUUCAAUCUUGCAGUCAUUAUGAUACGAUUGGAGCAAAUAUUAAACCAGUUAUGGAGAUGUUUGCAUGUGGUGAUUGCUACAAUAAUAGAAAGAAAAAUGUUCGUGAAGUGAU